AUUCAUUCCUGCGUGCACAAAUACUGCAUUUCGAAAAAAUCUAUUUGCAUCACAUUUUGUGGAAUAUUGUAGGAGGUGAAUAAUUUAUUUGGUAUGACUGUGUGAGGAAAUAUUUCUCUAUAUUGGGCAUAACCUCCAGGAGAAGGACAAAUCACCACAGCCAGCAAGCUGCCAAGUGCUGCCCCCACCUUGUCAAAGAGAGCAACUGGACCCGUUUUUAAUCAGCACCAGCCUCUGGGUCACAGAAGGAGAACAGGCCAGAGUCUGAAACUUUCCAAAGACAUUUAACAUACACUGAGUGCGCAAGGCCACUUAGAUUGCCUUUGUAUGAAUCUGGUUGAUUUGAGAAACAAAUUAAAAAGGUUCCACUUUCACUGAAGACUUCACAUGGACAUACUCUCCAUUUCAACCAUAUUAUAGAUGAUGGUUUUUGGAACAGCCCAAGCAUUUAUCACUGAGCAAGAGAUAUAGCUUGAGAGGCUAUCAGAACAUCCCAGAACCAAGGAAUGGAUGACUACAGGUAUCGGGACAACUAUGAGGGUUAUGCCCCCAGUGAUGGCUACUACCGGGGCAAUGAGUCAAACCCGGAAGAAGAUGCCCAGAGUGAUGUUACAGAAGGCCAUGAUGAGGAAGAUGAGAUCUAUGAGGGCGAGUACCAGGGCAUCCCUCAUCCAGAUGAUGUCAAGUCCAAGCAGGCUAAGAUGGCCCCCUCCAGAGCAGACGGCCUUCGGGGCCAGGCAGACAUGAUGGCUGAGAGGAUGGAAGACGAGGAGCAGUUGGCCCACCAAUAUGAGACCAUCAUUGAUGAGUGUGGUCAUGGGCGUUUCCAGUGGACCCUCUUUUUUGUCUUGGGUUUGGCCUUGAUGGCUGAUGGAGUGGAAGUGUUUGUGGUGAGCUUUGCCCUGCCCAGUGCAGAGAAAGACAUGUGUCUGUCCAGUUCCAAGAAAGGAAUGCUUGGGCUGAUAGUCUACCUGGGAAUGAUGGCAGGAGCCUUCAUCCUGGGGGGUCUGGCUGAUAAACUAGGAAGGAAGAGAGUCCUCAGCAUGUCCUUGGCCAUCAAUGCCUCCUUUGCCUCCCUUUCCUCCUUCGUGCAGGGAUAUGGAGCCUUUCUCUUCUGCAGACUCAUCUCAGGCAUAGGUAUUGGGGGCUCCCUGCCAAUUGUUUUUGCCUACUUUUCUGAGUUCUUAUCACGGGAGAAACGAGGUGAACACCUUAGCUGGCUGGGCAUCUUCUGGAUGACUGGGGGCAUCUAUGCCUCUGCCAUGGCCUGGAGCAUCAUUCCACACUAUGGCUGGGGCUUCAGCAUGGGGACCAAUUACCACUUCCACAGCUGGAGAGUGUUUGUCAUCGUCUGUGCUCUGCCUUGCACGGUGUCCAUGGUAGCACUGAAGUUCAUGCCAGAAAGCCCCAGGUUCUUGCUGGAGAUGGGAAAACACGAUGAAGCCUGGAUGAUUCUCAAGCAAGUCCAUGACACCAACAUGAGGGCUAAGGGGACCCCUGAGAAGGUGUUCACGGUUUCUCACAUCAAAACACCCAAGCAAAUGGAUGAAUUCAUUGAGAUCCAGAGUUCAACCGGAACUUGGUACCAGCGCUGGCUGGUCAGGUUCAUGACCAUUUUCAAGCAGGUCUGGGAUAAUGCCCUGUACUGUGUGAUGGGGCCCUACAGAAUGAAUACCCUGAUUCUGGCUGUGGUGUGGUUCACCAUGGCAUUAAGUUACUAUGGCCUGACUGUGUGGUUCCCUGAUAUGAUCCGGUAUUUCCAGGAUGAAGAAUAUAAAUCUAAAAUGAAGGUGUUUUUCGGUGAGCAUGUACAUGGUGCCACAAUCAACUUCACGAUGGAAAACCAGAUCCACCAACAUGGGAAGCUUGUGAAUGAUAAGUAA